AUGACAAACACUGAAGACACCUCCGCUUCCCAUAGGUCAAAAGCCAACGGAACGGCACACUCGCCAAAUACUCCAAAUUCACCAAACUCGCCAAACUCACCAAGAGAGUCUAACCCUACACAAGUUGCUCAACUGAUAAGUCCUCCAAAAUUGCUUACACCUUCUCAUUUGAGAAACUAUCCGCUAGUCAAGACUGGAGCAGACGCUAUACAUUGGGUGCCCGGAGGCGAUAUUGUUCUCAACACCAGCAAAAACACCGUGCAUUUCAUCCGCUCCUUUCAACCGUUCAAAUAUGUUAUCGAGACAAGUGAUCGUUUGUCCAACUCAAUGUUGGACACAUUGGACAAUUGGGUACCUACUUUGCAAACCAUUGAGAGCCGAGACAUCACUGACCCAGUCACCGUGCCCGUUAUUGCUGCAGUAGAUAGUUUGCAACAUAAGUUGCAAGACGUUAAUGCAACUGUAAAUCGCACAAUUGUGGAACCAAUGAAUAAAAAUGUCAUUGAGCCCACAGUAACCAAACUUGCUGACGCAAAACAAGGGUUUCAGCAUAUGAUAUACAAAGAGGAAAUCACAGUUGAAGAAAUAGCGGCAAGUCAAGCUAACCCCAAUGCAAACUUGGAAAAUGAAAAUGGUGAGAAUGGUGAAAUUGAUGAAAAUGGUGAGAAUAGUGAGGAUAGCGGAAAUAUUACAAGUGAACACUAUGCAAAACCCAAGGAAACUAACGCACAAGAUGCACACACAAACGAGUUUGCUAGAACAUUUAAACUUAUGGGCAAUUUAAUUUCAAGAGAAGGAAAAAGCGACGUAAAGGAGAAAGACAAAGACAAGGAGAAAGAUAUAGAUGCAGGAAGGGCAAAUGGGAAGGAGAAAGCAAAAUAA